AUGCUAACUUCUCUCCCUCUCUCCGGAAGCAAGCAGCGUGUUUGCCCCUUCGGGGGUUUUACCCUGGCGGCUUGGCGUAACUCCCGCUCGAGACCUACUCGAGUGCCGUACCAAUACGUAACCUCGAAAAAAUCCCCGACCUGGCCUUGGCUCUCAUUUCUUUCCAUGCUUAAAUUCAUUUCUCAGUAAACCCUACCCCUUGAUCCCCUACGAUAUCAUAUUGCAACCUACAUAAUUUAACCUCAAACCUUGAUUAUCCCCAUCGCGCAUCCUAAUCUUCGAGACAAGCCACUCGCCCACUCCCUCCUUCGGGGGCAGAUUUCCUCAGAAUAUCGAGCUCAUGGAUGCUAUUUGUUCGAUGGUCAUACAUAUAGUACCAGUACGCGAUCAAGUUGUUGCUCAGCCGUACGCCUCGGAGGCAUGAUUUGAAGGGGUAUACGAUACUCCACCUGGAAAAUAUUGUCACGGCGAACCACUGCACGAUCUAUUCAAUCAAGUCUUGGAAAUAUAUCUUCAAGGAAGGAGUUAUUGUAGCUGUGCUCAUCAUACAUUAGCACCAAAACAUUGUCAUCAUACAUAUACCGGUGCUCGAGUGUAAUCGAUUUCUGAAAGGUCGUUAGUGCGGGAGUUUCUCUGGGGGUUUCUUUUUCCCGACCACCACUUAAGAGGGCCACGCUCGUUCUUUUAACCAGAAGGGCCAAAGUGGACUUCUGGAAAUUGAACCCGGAGCGAGAGACGCAAUCCCCGAGAAAUCCAAGCACUCACGGCUCUUUCGAAAUGGAUGUCAAGCUCUAGCUCUAAGCAAGCCAAUAUGAGGCUUCAGAAGAAAGGCUUUAUGCCGCGCCUGAAUGGGUAUUGUGCGGUAAAGGCUGGUAGCUGUUAUUCAAGGCAAGGAUUAUGAUACUUGCCGUUUUCAAAAGUAUCUGAAAAUCUUGGCACGUUUUGGGCCUAGGAAACGCCAAGAUCUCCGGAUACUAUUGAAAACGGCAAGUAAUGCCAAGCCGCUGUUACAUUCCUCCGGCCUUCUGCGUCAUGGAGGCCGCUUAGAUACAAACCGAGAUCCCUCUAGUGCUGGAUUCUUACUGAAAGGCUAGAUAUCACUUUGAGUUCUUUUGUUGGAAGUUAUUUGCUCCAACACCCCACACCAGUGCUUCAAGAUGGCUGAAAAGGAGUUUAGAGCUAUGGGCCCCCAGGAACUGAUGCACUUUUUGAAUAGUACUUCUUUGGAGAAUCACUCUACCGAAACUCGCUCAAGUGGGAAUUUUAGGGAGAGCCG